CUACUGAGGAAAGGGAAGAGUCAAAGGACGAGGAGAGUGGGAACGAGGGUGAGAAAACUGGAAGAGUCGAUGAGAAGAUGGAUGAGCAACAGACGAGUGGAAGUGAAGAAAACCCAGUAGUAAUAAAUACUCUCAAAUCAGGAAGAGGCGACGAGAAAACAAACCGAACCUGGAGUGGGUGAGGUUAGGGCAGCGAAUAUGACCUUGAGCGAAUUAAGGUGCUACAGUUGCGGCGACAAGGGUCACAUUGGGAAGAACUGCCCCGGUAACGGAAAGGGGAAAAUGUGCUACAAAUGUCACAAGUAUGGGCACACCAGGUUCGAAUGUCAUGAGUCGGGUGAGUUAAAUUACAAGCCAGAGUCUGUACCUAGGUUAAAUUAUUCACGUGGUAGAGGAGGUUUUCGUGGAUCUGGGAGGGCAUUUGGUUUAUUGAAGAGGAAAAUAGAAAAUAAGGACGAGAAUUGGUCAAGAAAUGUGAAAAGGGGUAGAAUCGACAGGACGAGGGGUAGGGGAGGCUAUGGAUCCUCAAACUACAAUGCUCAAUUGAAAUCAGGCAAGAAGGAGCAGAAUAAAGAGUCAGGAGCAAAUGAUAAAGAUAAGGGGAAAAGGAAGAAGUAGAUGAUUGAGAAACUCCAAAGAAACUGUGGAUUCAGAUGCAGUCGGGAGGGAGUAUUGGAAGUGGCUCCAGCUCUGAUCCUCACCUAUCAUAUAUAUAUAUAUAUAUAUA